CGGCACGUUCGACUCCAGCAUCGUACGAUCUACGAUCGAUCCCAGUGCGUCACUCCAUUCGACGGUUCUCCGCAGGUUCUCCGGGCCGUCCGCGACGCAAAACACUUUCGUGGUUCCCAGGUAUAAAUCAGCCAUAUAUCAGCACGGCCAACAGCUAUCGCGUCGGUUGUCCAUCCUUCUCGACUUCUGGUUGUUCACGAUGUCGCACUUACCAGUGUUCAAGAUUGUGCCUACGACGCAGAAGUACGACUGGGGGAAGAUUGGGCUCUCCUCCAAAGUAGCGCAAUAUGCGGCAGCAGCGAAGAUACCCGGGUUCUCGCUCGACGAGAAAGCUCCGUACGCUGAGCUGUGGAUGGGUACUCAUCCAAACGGACCCUCGCGACUAGCAGGCGCGGAUAUUACGCUCGCGGAACACCUCGCCGCACAUCCGGAGCUCAUGGGCCCGAAGGUUGUCUCGCGAUUCCGCGACGCAGGUGCGGAAGAGGGCAACCUGCCCUUCCUCUUCAAGGUGCUCGCGAUCGAGAAAGCGCUCAGCAUACAGACGCACCCGGACAAGAAGACGGCGGAGGCGCUGCACAAGGAGAAGCCGAACGUCUACAAAGAUGCGAACCACAAGCCUGAGAUGGCGCUUGCCCUCACGCCGUUCACCGCGAUGUGUGGUUUCCUCCCGCUGUCACAGAUCGCUACCUACCUCACGUCGACGCCCGAGUUCGCCGCGCUCAUCCCGGAGACCAUCACCACGAAGUUUCUCGCUGCCGCGUCCUCUGCCGACCCAACCAGCCCCGAGGCGAAGACAGUGCUGAAGGACCUCUUCUCCGCUCUGAUGACUGCGGAUGAGGCCGCUUUCAAGGCUAGCCUGGCGGACCUCGUGAAGCGGUACGAAGCAAGCGGCGCAAACGCGGACGAGGCAGGCGUCAAGGACCUCGUCCUGCGUCUCAACAGCCAGUUCCCGGGCGACAUCGGCGUGUUCUGCGCGUUCAUACUCAACUACGUGAAGAUGCAGCCGGGCGAGGCGAUCUUCCUCGCCGCGGGCGAGCCGCACGCAUACGUGUCGGGCGAUAUCAUGGAGUGCAUGGCGACCUCGGACAACGUGAUCCGCGCGGGGCUCACACCCAAGCUGCGCGACAUCCCGAACCUCGUCUCCGGACUCACGUACGGCGCGGGCGACGCCAGCCGGCACAUGGUCAAGCCCGCCGCCUUCGACUCCGCGGCACACACGGCGCUCUACAACCCACCCAUCCCCGAAUUCAGCGUCCUCCAGGUGCUGAUCCCGAGCGGCGAGACGGAGGUGCACCCGCCAAUCGAGGGACCAAGCAUCGCUAUCGUGACAGAGGGCAAGGGCGCACUGGAGUGGGCGGGGGAGAAACUGGUUGUUGCUGAAGGCGAUGUCCUCUUCAUCGGGGCUGGGACUGGUGUGAAGCUACUGGCGAGCGGGGAUGGCCAGCUGGCCAUUUACCGCGCUUUUGUGGAGGCGAGUUGAAAGAGGACCUGAUGUCGGGACGCAAACGGACGGGAAAGAAGACAAAUGGUUCGUGUAUAACUAGACAUGGGAUGAGAUAACAUGUGAAUGCGCGAGAGCGGUGAAUGUCCCUGCCGCCGUUGUUUACAUCACGAAAUCUCGAAUCAAAAGUUGAACUGGAAGCCCAGUGGC